AUGGAGGGCAUUUUGGGAUCCCCCAAUGCCAGCGUGCUGGGGGGGCGCUCACUGCUGGUGGGGAGCAGCUGGAUGGCCGCCUUCCUCUGCUUCAUCAUCCUGCUGACCACAGCCGGGAACUCCCUCCUCAUCCUCCUCAUCGUCACCCAGCGCUCCCUCCGCAACACCUCCAACUAUUUCCUGGUGUCCCUCUUCAUGUCCGACCUGAUGGUGGGGCUGGUGGUGAUGCCCCCCGCCAUGCUCAAUCAGCUCUACGGCCACUGGGUGCUGAGGGGAGACUUCUGCUCCCUCUGGUACGCCUUCGACGUCAUGUGCUGCAGCGCCUCCAUCCUCAACCUCUGCGUCAUCAGCUUGGACCGCUACCUGCUCAUCAUCUCCCCUCUGAAAUACAAGCUGCGCAUGACAUCCUGCAGGGCCCUCUGGCUCAUCCUGGCCACCUGGACCUUGGCUGCUCUGGCCUCCUUCCUGCCCAUCAAACUGGGCUGGCACAAGCUGGAAUUCGAGGUUUGGUCUCCAAAUGUCACCUCCCGGGGGGACGAGGAGCAGUGCCGGCUGGUGGUCAGCUUGCCUUACGCCCUGGUGGCCUCCUGCCUGACUUUCUUCCUCCCAUCCGCCGCCAUCUCCUUCACCUACUGCCGCAUCCUCCUGGCAGCUCGCAAGCAAGCCGUGCAGGUGGCUUCCCUCGCCUCCAACGUGGCCACUGCCACCACCACCGAGAGCAUGGAGCAGGUUCCCCAUGCCCCAAGUCAGCCUGCAGCUGGUAGCGAGAGCAGGAGGUUUGCAAACAAGCACAGCAAGAAGGCGCUGAAGGCCAGCCUGACACUGGGCAUCCUGCUGGGCAUGUUCUUCGUGGCCUGGCUCCCCUUCUUUGUCACCAAUGUGACACAGGCAGUGUGUGACUGUGUCCCUGCUGGCUUCUUUGACGUGCUCACCUGGCUGGGCUACUGCAACAGCACCAUGAACCCCAUCAUCUACCCGCUCUUCAUGAGGGACUUCAAGAGAGCCAUGGGCAAAUACCUGCCCUGCUGCCGGCGCACCGGGGAGCCCCGGCCCAGCGCCAUCUCUCUCUCCAUGAGGAACUCCAACAGCGGGCCCCGUGUGGCCACAUCCCUCAAGAAUGUCUUCGCUUUGCAGGCUGAGACCGACUCCGUUGUCUCCGAGGCUGUGGCAAAUGAACACAGCCUGCUGCCAGCAGCUGAAGGCGCCCUGCCUGCCCCCACUGCUCGCUUGGUCGGCCUUUUUGAGAUGGAAAACCCAGAGCUGGAGCUGCAGCGCCGGCAGCUCGGCACCCCUGAGGCCUGAGGGCCAGCCUGGGUAUGUCUACUGCGCCCAGGGGAGGAGCUCAGCUUCUGCUUGUACAGCCCAGCAGGUCGCC